AUGUCUCAAUUCACCAAAAUUACUACUAGUGAUUUGAGAUAUGGUGUUUUAAAAACAUUAAAAUCAUCUACAUUAUUAGCUUCAAGAUCACAAUCAAAUGGUGUCAGAGGAUUUUGCUCACAAAAUAAUGAUGAAAAUGUUGUAAUUAAAAAAUCAAAGUAUCAAGCAUCAAGAGACAUAAGAAAUGCAAAUAAAGAGGAUUUAAUGGAAACUCAAGUUUUAAGAGAUUCAUUAAACAAGGAGUUUGACCAAACAGCAUAUAGUAAAUUUUACAGUAAUGACCCAAAUCGUAUUAAACCAAUUAGUUUAGACAAAGCAUUACCACAAUUAAAUAGCACAAUGGAUGUUUUAGUUAACGCUUUUCCAGAUCACGAAGAUGACCCAUCGACUUUUUCAACUUCAAUCGAUGAACUUGGUGGUAAUGCCAAUAGAUUAAAUAACAACGAAAAUGAAAUUACAGAAGAUACAACCGAAUCAUCAGCUUUUGAAUUCAGUGGUUCAGAUCCAAUCGAAAGUGCAUCCGAUAUUCCAGAAGUUAACCUCAAUAAUCUUGCAUUCGAAUUUAUUCCACCAAAACCAAUCAUUAUGCACCCAGAAGUAGGCAAACUUUCAAAACAAAAACAAAUCGAGUUUAUGAAUGCUGUCAGCUUUAUCAGUCAAAUUUUUGGUAGAUUAGAUGACUACCUCAGAAAUUACUCUGCACAAUUUACAAAAGGUGAACUCUCUUAUUUCGAAACUGCAAUGAGAGUUUUACGUAAAGAAUAUUAUAAUAAUGCUGAUUUUAGUAACACCUUCAAGAAUAGCGAUGUUCCAUUUAAAUUAACACUUGAAGAAUCAAAGCAAGCCAAUAAAGAUAUUGAAAAUAUUUUAGAAGACCUCUUAAAAGAACUUCAAAACCAAAAAAUUCAAGAUGGUCAAUCAAUUCAACCAAUUAAAGAGUUCAGUGAAGAUUUAAAUGAUUUCUUGCCACCAAUGGAUGAGGAUGACGAACAAGUUUCCAAGUUUGUUAGUUUUGAUAUAGCCGAAUUCGCCAAAUUAAAAGGUAUUCAAACUACAUUAUUUGAACAUUUAUCAAAAAUCAAAUCUCAAGAAGAAAGAGAUACUUUAUAUAAAGAAUUUGCAAUUUUCAAACAACAAAGAGAUUCAGAAAGAAAUACACCUUUAAGUACAACUCAAUCAACAUUAAAUACACUUAUUAAUUCAUUCAAAGAUUAUCAAAAUUUCGAUAGUGUUUUUAGUCAAAAGUUAGAUGAAUUCACUGCUUUUUGUCAACAUAUGGAAAUUAAUACUAUGAAAUUAAAGGCUUUUGCUGAUGGUUUUAAUGAAAAUAUUGAACAUUUAGCUUUGGGUAAAUUUGGAACAAAUCAAGAAACUGAACAAAUUGAACAGUUCUCUGAAGAUAACGAAUUAAAUCAACAAGAAUUAGAUCAAGAAGAAGACCAAUCAGAGGAGAUCAGCGAAAAUGAAGUCACAGCAGAAACAGAAACAUUAGAAUUUAUUGAUGAAUUCAAUGUUUAUGUUAAUCAUCUUUUCAAAAAUGCCAAACAAACUAAAGACUAUUCAACUAUUGAAUUCCAAAUGGAAUUAUUGUUAAAUGAAAUGGCAAUUAUUUCAAGACAAUUUGCAAAAAAACUUGAAAAGCAAGAGCAAGUCCCAUCCAGUACCGCUUCCAUUGGUUCUGCCUCAGACUUACCAAAGAUCUUCCAAUUAAAAGACGAUAUCACUCAAUUAUUAAAAAGCAGUAUUACAAAUUUCAAGAAUGUUGAUCAAAAGCUCGAUGGCCUCGAUCAAGAUUUUAUUAAUCAAGUUAAACAUCAAGUUGAUACCCUCUUACCAAAAGAUGCUGAAAAAGCUGGAAAAAUGGCUUUUAUUUUAUCACACUUUAAUUCUGAAAUCGAUUUCGAUAUUGUAAAUCAUAUCAUUAAUCAAGAUUCAACAAAUAAACCAUCCAAAGAAAGUGAUUUAUAUAAACCAAUUCAAUUAAUUAAAGCAUUGUAUAAACUCGGUCCAGGUAAAUUCAAAAAUACUGUCCAAAACUUAAAGAGAUUGCCAAAUUUGGUUUAUUAUUGCCAAUAUAUUAAUACAAAUUUCCUCGAUCCAAAUGAAACCUAUAUUGCUCCACUUUCUAAAGGUGAAAAACUUAAUUUCCCAGUUCUUAAACAUGAUUUCUCAGAAGAUUUACAACUUUUUGUCGGUAGAAGCCGUAUGUUACGUGAGGACCCAGUUGAAGGUGAAGGUGAAGGUGAGGGUGAGGGUGAGGGUGAAGGUGAAGGUGAUGGUGAAGGUGAGGGUGAAGGUGAAGGUGAUGGUGAAGGUGAUGUUCCAAAAGAAGUUGAAGGUGAUACUCCACAUUCAGAAGAUGCCAAAAGCUUAUCCAAAGAAACCAAAAUUGGAAAGGAUAGACAAAUUGACCAAAUUCUUCCAAAAUACAAAUCAAAUCAAUUACCUAUGGCUAAUAUGACAGAAAUGGAUAUUCAACAACAAGAACAAGAGAUUGGAGAAACCGAUGAAAAUGAAGGUGAAGAAUAUGUAGAUUCCAAAUUUUUAGAAGCUGAGCAAAUCAAUUCUCGUUUAUUACCUUAUGAUUUAAUUGGAGAAUCUAGUUUUGCAAAAAUUGAAAGAUCAGACGAAACAAUUUCAGAAACUGAUAAUACACCAGAAGAGAAAAAUAAUGCUGAAAAUAUCGAAGAAACUGACCAAACCGAGCUUGACCUUGAAGAUGAAAAUACCGAAGAUAUUGACCAAAUGGUCGAUGCAGUUAAAAGAAUAAGAGAUGUCAAAAAUACAAGAGAAAUUAGAGAUGUAGUUAUAGAAGAAACUGAUGAUUCCGACAAAACUGAUGUUAUAAGAGAGUAUGAUGAAGAAGAAGACGCAACUUUGAACACCUCCGAAGAAGGCUUACCAGAUGCAUUUAAUGAAGAAGAUUUGGGUGAAGUCGAAGAAUUUGAUCAAGAAGUCGAAGAAAUUGAUCAAGAAUUGGCCAAAGAUUUUGAUUAUGAAAAAGAAAUUACCGAAGAUUUAGAAGAUGAACCAGUUGACGAAGAAGAGGAAGACAUUAGAACCAAAUCAGAUUCAAGUGUAACCGAUUCCAAUCCAUUCACAAUUGUCGACGCAGUACAAAAGAAUAUAAAUAAAUCAAUCAAAUUUGAAGAUACCCUUAGACAAAUUAAAACUUUAUUCCCAUUCUUUGGUGUUCCAGAAGAAGAAGCUGACGAAAUGGAUAUUGAAGAAAAGCUUAUGAGACUCGAAACCUCAAAUCUUCUUUUCAAAGGAAACUUUAUAAAAAACCCAGGUUCUGAUACCCCUGUAUUUAUUGGUCAAGAUCAAGUCGAUGAUGAUUAUGAUGUAGCCAAAGGUUUGGGAUAUGAAAAAGAAGAUUUUGAAGACGAAAGAGAAUCAGAGGCAGGCGAUGAAGGUUUAGAAAACCAUCAAGAGGAUGAACCAACUGAAGAAGAAAUGGAUGAAGACGAAGAGGUUAAUGAAGACGAAGAGGGCAAAGAGGAAGAGAAUGAAGAAGAAUUAGACGAAGAAGAAGAUCCCGAGGAAGAGGGCCUUGAAGAUGAUGAGGAAGGAGAUUUCGAAGAUGAUCAUGAUGAUUACAUAAAUUAUAAUAAAAAUUUACAAGAUAUCGAAUGGGAUGAUACACCAAAUCUUUCAAUUAAAAAUCUUGUAAGUGUUGGCCGUCAUACCUCAGUUACUAGAGCUGGUCGUGUUUUCAAUUUCUCUGCUACAGUUUUCAAUGGUGAUGGUGAAGGUACUGCCUCAAGAGGUUAUGGUAAAGGUGAUACUGCCGUUUCUGCAUUAAGAAGAGCUACCAAAGAUGCCGAAAGAAGAGCUUUUACUUUAGAUAGAUUUAGAGAUUAUACUUUACCAUCAGGUUUAGAUAUGAAAUAUAGAAGUACCAAGGUUAGAUUCUUUAAGAGUAAAGAUUAUGAUCAAAUGGAUCAUAGUGGUUAUAAACAAACUAUUAUUUUACCAACCAUUGGUCUUCACGGUGUUACAUUUAGAACUUAUGGUCGUAGAAACUGGAACAAUGUUUUAUUGGCUAUUCAAAACGGUUUACCAAACUACACCAAUCCAGAAGAAGCUGCUCGUAUUAUGGGUAAACGUUUCAUUGUUCCAAGCGAAGAAAAAGAAAGAAAGAAAACUCUUUCCCAACUCCUCCAAUCUAAGCUUAAGAAGAAAAAUAAUGAUCCAUAUAAUUUAGGUAUGGUUAGCAGAUUCCUUUAUGACCUUGAAGAAAAACCAGAUCAAGAACAAAUCGAAGAACGUAGAAUGAAUGCUGAAAUUAAAGAUUUAAUUAAACGUUAUCCACAAGACCCAGAAGAAGAAAUGCUUGAAAAAGACUUUAAAUAUGGUAACUUAUUAGGUAAAAAGAGAGUAGAUAAAAUGGAUCAAAAAGGUCGUCGUCAUGAACGUAAUAUCAAAUCACUUGCAAUUUAA